AUGGCGGCCGCCCAGCCCGAGCGCAUCCCAAUCGCCACUCUGCAUCCGAAGCUUCCUGCACCCGCCUCAAAGUCCAUAACCGCCAUUGUCACUCUCCUCUGGCCGUACUCGUCGUCAACUCGGACAUGCGCCCUCCUGCUCGCCGAACCCGACUUCCGCCUUCGUCGCCGCCGCGGCCAGGUCCGCGUUCAACUAUUCGGAGAGGCAGCGCACGCCGUCGCAACGAGCGGCGUUGGCAUCGGCGAUGAGGUCGUGCUGCGCCUCACGGGUGCGGAGUGGCUGCGCGUACAGGGAGAGGAGGAUGGAGUUGUGACAACACCGGGCAAGAGCGUUGAGUGGGAGCUGGGGUUCCGCCGGCGGCUAGGCAUGCGUGUCACACGCGACGGACAGAACCUGGCACAUCUUGAUGUCAGUAGCGGGACCCCGGAGCCGGAAGGCGAGCAGGAUGAGGAGUCGGCUUUCGAAGACUCGCCGCUUGUGGCGCGGCUGAGUGCAAACGGUUUCCAGAGCGCCGUGUGGUCGUCGCCGGCAUUUCUCAAGCGAGCCCGUCUCUCGCUGGAUCAGCUGGAUCGAAGCUUUGGGUCUGGGUCAGAUUUGUUUGCGGAAGAAGACGGAUACGUUGAAGGCAAGGGCAGGAAGCGGCGUAGGAAAUCGUUCAAGGACAUCAAUGUGUGGACCUAUACUACAAGAACGCCUUCGCCCGAAAAGACCGAUGCUAUAUCUGUGGAUGACGAAACAGCGAUUACGCCACAAGAAGAGAUUUCUGUGGCUCAGCAGGCUACCCCACUUUCAGAGACACCUGUCUCUGCUGAGACAUCCUUUGCCGAAGCCACCGCCGAAGAUGAAGAAAGCCUCGUGCCCGAGCCGUCGGAAGCCCCUAAACAUCCCGAACCCGUUGAUCGUGAAGAGGCCCUGGAAAGGAAACUCGAUGAACCCAAGACCAUGCAAGAGGAGCGGCAGGCAUUGGAAGAUGCCAUCACUCAGGAAUAUCUCGUCGAAACCCAUGAGCAUGAAGCCACGAGUGGAGACAUCAGUGAGGACACGGACGUUGCUGAGCCCGAAGACCGGUUGGAUGCGUCUUACUCAUUGAAAGAUGUCGAGCUGGUUCAGGGGGAUGACUAUCACUCAGUCGAGCAAGAAGAGGAAUCCAUUGACAAUGAACGGACUGAAGGUGAAUCCGUCUUCUCAGAUGCACCUAAGUCUUCUGAGUUAUUAGCAGGGGGAAGUCCUUCCGGGGUACCACUACAGGGUAAAGACUCCGCUAAGGAGGCAGACUCUGAGCGGGAAGAGGAUGUCGAAGAUGCUGAAUCUAACGUCGAGACUGCUGAAGUUUCUUCCAGAGAAGCUUCUGAAGAGCCAGACCUGAGUCAACAAGGUAAGCCUUCAACUGGUGACGGACGAAAAGACGCCGGUAAGGCAAUAAGCGUGAGCAAGGCGAAAUCGCCGGACACAGGAGCCGAAGUGGAAGCAGGACCAAAAAUUUCUGAGCAAAUUUCUGCUACUAAUCAGGAAGCAUCAAAACUGAUGGAUCAGCCUACGAUUCCGAUGCUCCCUCCAGCCUUGCCAUACUUGCAGGCGCAACUGGCCGCUAGCUCAUCAUCAAGGGAACCAGCCAUUGCUGUUCACGCUCCUGAGACGCCUCAGCUGCAACCCGUGACAUCCUCUACCCUGCCGCUGCCUUCACCAUUUCCUGAGACGACUGAAGCCACUGCAACCUCUUACAUGGACUCGCGCCCGUCUAUAGCUUUAGAGCCAUCUACUGCGGAUAUCCAGGAAGCACAGCAUGCUGGCGGGAAGCAAUCGACUGUUGCGCAACUGGAGGUUCCAAAGACUUCUCAGAUAGAUUUUCGACUCGCGGGUGUUGAGGGACAACAAAAAGCCUCCAUGAAAGCGGAUCAAGGCGUCGAGCCUCAUAGCCAGUCGGACUUUGACGACAGAUUUCCUUUCGGACUUGAUGGGGCUUCCGCUGCUCCGAGGCCAAAGUUGGGACCAAUCACAAAAUCUGUGGAAGUCAUCGACUUGCAAGACUCGCAAUUGGAUAUGACGCAGCCUGCUCCUCCCCCUGUUGUUGAGGAAAAGGAGCUUGUUCCCACGAGUAAGGCAGAGGAACAGAAGGUCCCAGCAGAUCCUUCCUUGGCCAGACAAGCAAUUACUCCACAGCCAGCGCCUACGCCAGUGGUCGAAAUGCUUGCAGAAAAGACGAGCAGUGAUGCAGAACUCCUUGACGAUACGAGAUCAGUGGCAACAGGCAAUGCCAAUCAAGAUCAAAUGGACCAUUUCCAAUCUAGUAUCGACGAGGCGACUCAACAGCAAGCUUCGCAAAAGUUACAGCAAGCCGUUGAAGAAACGAAGACGCCUCCUGCUGAGGACCUUGAGAAAGAGGGUGAGUCCAAGCCUUCAUCCGAUCAAAUCAAGGAAGCGGAAAGACGCAAAGGUGUUCAGGAGGAAACCCAGACGCCGUCAUCUCCUUUGGAGCCAUCUGCGCCAGUGCAAACACAGGAAGACGUCUCAGAACCGGAGUCAUCACAGCUUUUGGAAAGCUCUGCACCACAAGGACCGAUGUCGUAUGGCCAAGAGUCUUACGUGCCUUCAUGGGAAGACGAGGAUACGAUGAUGACGGAGCCUGAGGCUGAACCCUCAGAACUUCCGGGGCCUGCUGCCGUACCACAGGAGCGGGAUGAAAGCCGGGUCCCUGAUGUCGGUGCUAGGCCUUCGGCGGACGUUCCGGUCGCGAGUAAAGAGCAGGCUCCGCAAAUUGUCGAUCUAGGCAGCGAGACCGACAGCGAGGAUGAGUCUAUGGUGGAUGUGUCUGCGGUUAGGGAGGAGUCGGUCGCUCCGGUCAGAGAUGAGGAGGUGACUGGGCGUGGGCGGACGAUUGAGUCUGUUCAGACGGCUGAGCCUGUGCGGAAAACCGAACGUGUCCAGACAGCCGAGUCUGUUGAGACAGCCGAGCCUGUUCAGACAAUUGAGCCUGUCCAGGAUAGUCAAAUCCAGCCAGCUGCCGAAACAAGAGGCUCCAGCUCCGAAUACCAUGUCCUUAGCUCGUCGCCUUUGACUGCAACUGAGCGACGGUCUGCAGAGGAGAUUGAGCACCUUGACCUUUCUCAGGUCGAGCCGGACUACAUUUCUUACACUCCCUCGCAGACACAAACUCGAGCUGCGCCUACUUCCUCUGGAGUGGCACAGAGAGUGUUGGCCCGACGUCGCCGGACGAAAGUCAAGGACUCCGAGGACAGCUACAACUCAGAGCAGUCCAUAUCCACCAUUGUGGAGUCGUCUUCACCAGCACCCGAAACCAUUCCCGAGGAGGAAUUUGAACCUUCCGCGCUCGAGCCCAGCCAGAUCCUUGGCGAGCCUUCACAAACCACUCCGCCGCCCCAGCACGCCUCACGGCGGACGCCUGAGCCUCCUUCAGUCAGCCCAGUGACACCGGUCCGGCAGAAAGCGCCAUCCCCGUCGCGAUCUCCGGUGGGACAUACGCCGGAGAUGGACCCGCAGGAAGUCCAGAACAGGAGGCUCGAGAGCCAGCUGCGCGAUAGUUAUCCUGAGCUGGUGGAACCACUGCCUGUCCAUCCGUCGACCUUGCCGGAGCAUGCGGUUCCGAUGCAUUCAUCGAUGCUAAGGGACGAGUCAAGCUUGAUGCGGGCGCUGAGGACUACGCAACCCCAGCCCUCUGCUUUUGAGGAGUCGGUGAGGGCUGGUGGGAAAGAGGCUCAGGUCGAGACUCAAGGUGAGACUCAGGAUUCUAAGGCAGCGGAGACUCAGGUCUCCACCCAAGCAGAGACUCGGGACGAGACUCAAGACGAGACUCAAGUCACUCCUAAAGCCAAGUCCCAGAAGGCAGUCGCAGAUCACGAGGUCGACGAAAUGGAAAUUGUCCAUUCUUCACCUCCGGCGCAACCUUCACUCGCUACACGUCACUUCCAGUCGGUGCAGCAAACGCAACCCAUCACGCCCGAGGCUAGCCAACAGACCUCUCAGGUCCAGGAAACGUCCAAACCAACGGCGGCUGACAGCAUUGCGCCGCCGACACCAGAGCUCACUCAGAAAACUGGUUCGUUUGCCAAAAGCGAUUCGCAAACAACUGUCGUGCCUGUUGAGCAACAUAAGCCUUCUGAAGUCACCACACAAGACAAGACCGUCGCUCCUCGUCCAGCAGCUCCAGAAGCAGCCAAAUUCCCACAAGCAGUCGCUGAGCAACAGACGCCAGCCAAGAAAGCGGUGCUUCACUUCGACAGCCCCACGCUCUUUGGUACCCCCGCCAAAGUCACGGUUCCUCGUCCAGCUGCCCCAGAAGCGGCCAAAGCCUCACAGGCAGCCGUCGAGCAGCAAACACCAGCCAAGAAACCGGCAUCGCAAUUCGAGAGCCCAACCCUGUUCGGCACCAUGACGCCAAGCAAAGGCCUGGCAACGCACCCUAGCACAACGCCCAAAGACGCGCCUCCCUCUCUCUUCAGCUUUAGCAAACCGCUCACACGACCUCUACAAAGCCAACUCGCAACGCAGAGCCAAAGCCAAGGCAUCCGCACCGCGCUCUCAUACUACACGCCGUUGUCCCAGGUUCCAUCGUUUUUGAACUCUCAGGCCUCGACGCUCGACGUGCUGGCCGUGUGCACGCGCGCCGCAAAACCGCCCACGCGUGCGUCAGCUGGCCCGAAAGACUACUUUACGCUUUUCCGCGUGGCGGACACGAGUUUGACCAAGGGCGAAGAGGUGCGGGUGCAGGUGUUUCGGCCGUGGAAGGCGGCGCUGCCCGAGGUGGAGGCGGGGGACGCGGUGCUCUUGCGCGGGUUUGGCGUCAAGAGCUUCAAGGGCGGGGCGGGGCUUGUGAGCGGCGAGGCGGCCGCGUGGUGUGUGUGGCGGUAUGGGAAGGCUCGGGAGCGCAAGAUGGACUUUUCGCAGAGUCUGGGGCCGGGGUCGGGGGUCGCUGCUAAGGGACUGGAUUAUGAUGGCAUUGGCGGGGAAGCCAAAGAGACGCGCCGCAGGAAGAGACAUAGUACUGGCGGCGCGUUGGGCGCGGGUUCGAGCUGGGGCUUCGGCUCGGCGUCCGAAAAGCCGAUUUGGGCGGACCGCACGAGCGGGCUUUGGGGCGAUGCUACGGGCGAUGCGAAGGGAGAGAGCGGCAGCAGCAGCAGCAGCAGCAGCAGCGGGGAUGAGGACAAUGGAAGUGGCAGUGGUAGCGAGGGCGAUGCUGGGGAGCGUGGUGGCUUGCAAGUAAAGACGCGUCGUCGCCAGCGUGUGCCGCGCGAGGAAUGCCAUGGGCCGCCGGUGGAGGUUGGGGAAGAGGAGAGGGCGCUGGUGGGGGGGUUAAGGGCGUGGUGGCUUGAUUCUUCGAAGGAUGGGAAUUCGCAGCAUGGGGAUGGGGAGGGUGUGAAGGGGGAGGAGUGA